UGAUAAAAACCAUACGUUCAUCAACACAUUUGGUUAUCAACAACACUACAAAUCUUUUCCUCGCUUUUUCUCGUCUGUCGGUUGUUCGGCAAAGGCAAAAUUAAUUUUUAAAUUAUUGCAAGCACUUUAAUGCUUGCCGUUUGAAAUAGCCAAAGUAUCUAGAGGUGCGACAGCAAUCAGGUGGGACAACUGCCGCGACAAACCGAGAGGCGAGGGAAGGAAAAUAACCCCCAGAAAUCGUGAAUUCUAACGCGGCGCGCGUGCAGCACAUACACACGUAACAAAAGUCUAUUGACGCAAAGCUAAAAUACAUAUAAAAAAAAAAAGAAAAAAAGCAAACCAAAGGUGAAAAAAAAAACAGUGAAAAGUAAAGACGAACGACAAACAAAAAAAACCGCGUGCACCCAAAAGAGCCCUCGACGCCAACCGUCACCAGGUAUCGCUGCUGCUAUUGUUCUUGACCGCAUGGACGAGGAAAUUAUUGAAAUUAGCGACAGCGAACGCGAGGAUACCUCAUCAACCUCCGACAUGGACGUGGAGAUCACCGGAGUGGAGGUGGGAUCCGGAGCACAGGUGCCGCCCACUCAGCAGCAGUCUCCCCAGGACGACGUUGACGUCAAAAUGGGCAUCACGUCGGCAGAGGAAAUUGUACCCAAGGACGCGGCAACCAUUGCUGAAGAGAAGAAGAAGCUGGGAAACGACCAAUACAAGGCACAAAACUACCAAAAUGCCCUCAAGCUCUACACUGACGCCAUAUCCUUGUGCCCGGACUCGGCCGCCUACUACGGCAAUCGCGCCGCCUGCUACAUGAUGCUCCUUAACUACAACAGUGCCCUAACCGAUGCCCGACAUGCCAUCCGCAUCGAUCCUGGUUUUGAGAAGGCCUAUGUCCGUGUGGCCAAGUGUUGUCUGGCUUUGGGCGAUAUCAUCGGGACGGAGCAGGCCAUCAAGACGGUCAUGGAGCUCAAUUCGCAGAGCACUGCCGUUAGUGGCGAGCAGACGGCGGUCCAGAAGCUCCGCCAACUGGAGGCCACCAUUCAGAGCAAUUACGACACAAAGGCCUACCGCAAUGUGGUCUACUACCUAGACAGUGCCCUUAAGCUGGCUCCAGCUUGCUUGAAAUACCGCCUUUUGAAAGCCGAGUGCCUGGCCUUUUUGGGUCGCUGUGACGAAGCAUUGGACAUUGCCGUGGGUGUCAUGAAGUUGGACUCCACCUCGGCGGAUGCCAUUUAUGUGAGGGGCUUGUGCCUUUACUAUACCGAUAACCUGGAGAAGGGCAUCCUGCAUUUCGAGCGUGCUCUUACCCUCGAUCCCGAUCACUACAAAUCGAAGCAGAUGCGCAGCAAGUGCAAACAGCUCAAGGAGAUGAAGGAGAACGGCAACAUGCUCUUUAAAUCUGGAAGAUAUCGCGAGGCACACGUCAUCUACACGGAUGCUUUGAAGAUCGACGAGCACAACAAGGACAUUAACUCGAAACUGCUGUAUAACCGGGCUCUGGUCAACACGCGCAUCGGCAACUUGCGGGAGGCGGUGACCGACUGUAAUAGGGUCCUGGAGCUGAACAGUCAGUAUCUGAAGGCGUUGCUGCUGCGGGCACGCUGCCACAACGAUCUGGAGAAGUUCGAGGAGGCGGUGGCCGACUAUGAGACUGCCCUGAAUCUGGAGAAGACGCCGGAAAUUAAAAAACUGCUGCGUGAUGCCAAGUUUGCGUUGAAGAAGUCGAAGCGAAAGGACUACUACAAGAUCCUUGGCAUCGGUCGGAAUGCUUCCGAUGAUGAGAUUAAGAAGGCCUAUCGCAAGAAGGCCCUGGUGCACCAUCCUGAUCGGCAUGCCAAUAGCAGUGCCGAGGAGCGCAAGGAAGAGGAGCUCAAGUUCAAGGAAGUGGGUGAAGCGUAUGCCAUCCUAUCAGAUGCCCGCAAGAAACAGCGCUACGACAGCGGGCAGGACAUUGAAGAGCAAGAGCAAGCUGACUUUGAUCCGAAUCAAAUGUUCCGCUCAUUCUUCCAAUUCAAUGGCGGCGGCCGGAAUUCGUCCUUCAACUUUGAGUUCUAAAGCCUGCUCCUCCUCCUUCAUAGAGAACAAAAGCACCUCGACUCCCAUUCUGCCUCAUCGGAAGCCAACGCGACCCAACACAGCAGCGCACAAAAUAUCAAGACCUUUGUUUUCCAUAUUUUCCUACCCCAACUCCCCCCCGACCCAAUAUAUGAUACGAGUGUUUGUUUGUUUUUUUUUUUUUUAAUGAAAAAGAAAAACGCUAAUCUAUUCUGAAAAUCUGAAAAGCAAACUGAAAAUUUAAAGUGUAUAUUUAACAUUUAAUUGUUUUUUAAAAAUUAUCGGCGGCAUGAAAUCAAAUAAAAAUAAAAUUUUAUAAAAUAUAUUGAAACACUGACACAAAAAAAUAAGUAUCAAGUUGUUGAGUCGCCUGCUCGUGUGUGUUCGGAUUUAAUAGAGGAGUGUAGCUGAUUAAUUAAUGAUUAAAAUAAAAACAAGCGUAGCCUUAUUGUCUAACCAUUUUAAUUUUUACUCAUUAAGCCAGGCACUUAAGUUAUGUUUCUAAGUUCAAAGAAAAUGAAGAUUUGAUGUUAAACAAAAACCCAUAAAUCAAUCAAAACUAAUGACGAUGAUUUAGGUAUUGUGUUAUUAUAUAAUGGAGAUAAUAAUAUAUAAUUCGAAAGCAUCAAGUAAAUAAUGUAAACAAGUGAAACAGUUGUUUUACGGGUGUUCGGUAUGGGGUUGUGCUUUAGUCGUAUUUAGCUAUUAAAUAAAAACUAGUUCACUUCAAUUACUUUACUUUGGAGUAACCGCCAUAAAAGUGUAAUAGCGGCUAACGCCAAGUCGUGUCAAAUAAAUUUUUAAAAAGUAA